CCCUGGCUGCUGGGACGAAUGCAAGCGCGCAAGCAGGCUUCCCCCGACAUGAUCCCUCCAGCGGCAAACUCUAGAACCACGCCUCAACAGGGCUGUCGUCCUCGAUCGCUACCACCUGGCGCUCACUGCACGUCGGCCUCGCAGUCUCCUUUCAAUUCCAUUCACUUGGCUCCGGCUGACGACGUUCAUGGAACCGGAGAGUUUUGGACGUCUGUCAGUUUGACAAGCCGAGCCAGCGCGGCGAGGAGCAGCUAUCCUACAGGCCCGACAAAGCGCCUCGAAAAAAAGCCCGACUCUGAGUGUUUCUUACACAUAGUUUUCACGCUCAUAUGCACGGUUCGGUGGCGUUCUCGGUCCGUCCUCUGGCAGUGUCCAUUCGACAGCGUGGUCAGCAGCCGCUGCUUACUUAUGCCAGAUAAGCUGCUGGAUCUAUGUUUAUGUUCUCGUAUAUUUCCCACGCGUGCUGUGUCGAACGUCCGAACAGCGAAAUGGUUGCACAAUGGAGGGGCUCGACUCUCUCCUACACGACCCGAUACGAACGGCAUGAACAUGGCACAUGGCACAUGGCUAAAGGGGGGAAAUGGGAACAAUUACGCGGUAAGCGUGUGGCGCGGAUUAACUAGCCUUGGUAAGAAACUAUUUGAUCGACAGCAUACUGCCUUGGGCUGGGUUAGUCAAAGCUGGGGAAAAUCCUUCGCGUCAAGUACCCAGUGGGAUAAACAUCCGAUUCACACCGCGAAUGCUGGGGUCACGAAGAAAACUCGUCUUGUGCCAGCCAUGAUGAUUUCGUUGGCUGGUCGUGUUGUAUCCAUGUGCUGA